AUGGCAUUAACACCACAGGCAAGAUCGAUCGCGCCCGACGACAAUUUUCCCACUGCGCAGCUUUUCCUUUUAGCAAUAUGUCGCGUGGCCGAGCCGAUCGCUUUGACCUCCAUCUUUCCCUACUCAUGGGUAAUGGUUAAGGAUUUCGAGAUGGCCAGUGGCAGUGAUGCCUCCUUUUAUGCCGGAAUCCUCAUCUCGGCAUUCUCUCUGGCUGAAGCUAUGACAGGCAUGUUCUGGGGCAGUCUGUCAGACCGACUAGGUCGCAAACCCGUGCUGCUCUUCGGCUGCUUUGGUACCAUGCUCUCCCUGCUUAUGGUGGGCUUUGCUCCCAAUUUCUGGAUUGCUCUCGCAGGCCGGGCCUUGGGAGGUGCAUUGAAUGGAAACAUCGGCGUCAUUCAGACCAUGGUCGGCGAGUUGGUGAAACGUCCCGAACACGAACCCAGGGCUUACGCCAUCAUGCCGUUUGUCUGGUCCAUCGGAACUAUAAUUGGGCCAGCUAUUGGAGGUCUCCUUGCCAGACCUUCGGAGGGUUUCCCCUCUCUGUUUCCCCCGAGUGGUCUCUUCGGGCGCUUCCCCUACCUUUUGCCCAACCUUGUCUGUUCUGUUAUGCUCCUACUGAGCAUCCUCGGGAGCUGGCUAUUUCUACAGGAGACUCAUCCUGAUAUGCAACCAGGCAACACACACCGAUUCUUCGAGCAUACUUCGGUCGAGCAGCCUCUCCUUGCGACAUCGGGGGCGACUGCCAAUGCAGGUGUUGAUCUUCGUGCCGAGUCCUACGGAACGUUUAACCAGGUCCACCUACACGAGGAUGAGGACUGGGAGGUUCAGGCGGAUGGCUCCUCUCCUGCAUGGAAGAAGUCUUUGAAACCUAAAGCUUUUACGUGGAAGGUCACCAUGCUGGUCGUCGCGCUGUCAAUCUUUACCUACCAUUCGAUGACCUACGAUCACCUCUUGCCUAUCUUUCUGCAAGAUAAGAACACUCGAGAUAUCUCGACUGGUCAUACUUCGCCUUUCGACAUUCCUGGAGGUGUCGGUCUCUCAACUCGAACAGUUGGCGUAGUCAUGUCUACCGACGGAAUUAUUGCUCUCGUUAUCCAGAGCCUCAUUUUCCCAGCGCUGGCUCAAUGGCUCGGGGUUUGGAGAUUGUUCGUCAUCGUAACGAUUCUACAUCCCAUCGCAUACUUCAUGGUCCCUUUCCUGGUCUUCCUCCCGCAACAUCUCACCUUUAUCGGUAUCUACGCAUGCCUUAUUGUCCGCAAUGUCCUCUCUAUUAUCGACUACCCGGUUCUUCUGAUUCUCAUCAAGCAAGCCAGUCCAUCGGACUCGGUCAUGGGAAAGAUCAACGGUCUCGCUGCCUCUGCAGGUGCCGCAGCCCGCACGGUCGCCCCUCCUGUUGCUGGAUAUCUUUACAGUUCCGGCGCUGACAUAGGUUGCACUGCUGUGGCCUGGUGGGGCAGCAGCUUGGUUGCUCUUAUUGGAGCGGCACAACUAUGGUUCAUCCAGCGCAAGAAGCACUCCUCGGCUACAGUACAGCCUGCCGUGCCGUGCCACUUCGUACCCAUUGCGAAUGAGCCUCCGAAAGAAAUCAUUCACAUCCUUGUGACUGAUGUUGAUGAGCAGCGUUCCAAUGCUGAGCCCUCAGCAGUAUAA